UCGUGAAGAACAGGAGAAUAACGACGGUGAAAUAGAUAUGGCCACGAAAAUAUGCUCAAAACUUGUAUAAUAUAAUAAACAAAAAUGGUUGAGAAGUGAAGUAUUAUAGCAUCACUUGUAAUCAUAAAUGGCAUCGAACUCAAUUCACAUGUUGUACGUUUCUUCCUUCAGUUUGUGUUUCCCGAAUUCAUCUCCCUUUCAACUUUCAAAGCUCUCACCACAAUUUAAACCUCUGAAUUCCAUUCCUCUCAGUGGAAAAAAACGUUGCAACGUUGUUCGAUUUCCCAGAGAAAGAACAAGGACCAGAGCAACCAUUGAUGAUGUUGAAACAGACCAACUUUCCUCAACACCCAUUGUUGAGAAUGAGAAAGCCAAAAAGGAUGUAGAGGAAAGUGUGAAAGUGUUAAAAGAUGCAGCUAAGACAAGAAAGGUUGCAGCAGAAGAGGUUCUUUCUGCACUGUCUAUCAUUGAGAAAGCAAAACUUGAUCCUUCUGGUUUUUUUGAAACCCUUGGUGGCAAUAAAUCUCCUGGGAGGACCUGGAUGCUGAUUUUUACUGCUGAGAAAAAAUUAAAAGGUGGUCGGUAUUUUCCUCUCACAGCAGUUCAGAGGUUUGAUGCCACUGCAAAGAGGAUCGAAAAUGGAGUAUAUCUUGGACCCAUUGGACAGUUAACAUUUGAAGGCAGACUUUCAUGGAAAAAGAGAAUACUGGCUUUUGUUUUUGAGAACAUAAGAGUAAAACUUGGACCCUUUCAACCUCUACAGAUCAGUCUAGGAAAAAAGGAAGAUAGGGAACCGAACAAUAAGGAUCCUUUCUUCAUCUGGUUUUAUGUUGAUGAGGAAAUUGCGGUUGCUCGAGGCCGGAGUGGAGGAACUGCAUUCUGGUGCCGGUGUCGGCGGGUCAAUGACUGAUUCUUUCUAACUUUCUUUGUUUUGAACUUUCUUUUCAACUUCUGAAUUUGGAUGGAAUGAUUCAUGUAUAUAUGUAAGCAUUUAACUUCUGUUGGAGGUAAACAUAAUUUUUCUUGUAUAUUAUUGUAUAGUUAUAUUAAAGUUCGUGUGUUUCAUGAUAUUACUGAUGUUGGCAUUUGUGAAGAAAGCAUUGUUCACUAACUAAAGGAAGAAAAAAGGAAUUUGAGAAGUUGGAGAAUAGGAGGAAAAGGAAGAUUCACCACCAGGUCUGCUUACAUAAUUGAACAGGUUUCAGAAUGUGUUUCAUUCAAAGAAAUUUUACUCAAUGCCAUGACAAAAAUCACUUAAAAUCUUUACAUAAUAACAUAAUUUGUAUGAUUUGAAAAUAAAGUUAAAUCUAACUUAUUUUCAUAAAAUCAAAUUGUAAGAUAAGGAUUAUCUCCCCUUAUAUAAUAUAUUAACGUAAUCUUUAAUCAAUAUAAAAUCUCCGACAAUAACUGGUUAUAGUAGGUGGAGGGUGGUGUUGUUAUACUUGAAUUGGAGUUGAACGACCAUCCAGAAUAUGAUUGCAAGACCAACAAUGGCUACUAGUGCAACCAAAAUGGCAGCUUCUUCAAGUUUAGAAGUGAUUGUUCUGCAGCAGAUUUUGAGGAAGUUUUCUUAAAUCAGUAUUGUGAAAGGUUUAAAUUUUAUAUUUUCGGAUGAAGAAUACCGAAACAGUUAAAGC